AUGGACAGUUUUGCUGAACCGCGACGACUAUCCGCCCCCAUCUCCCUUGCCGCCGUUCGCGAGCAGGUGUGCAAGCUCGAGAACGACCACCGUGCUUCAGGCAUACCGCUGUCGGGACGUAUCCUCCACGUAUGUCACUACCUUCCCGUCGUAUCUUCCUUCAUUCGCAAGAGCCCCGACCUCCCAAGCCCCCCACAAACUCCCCCAGCAAUCACCACAGACAUUCCUCCCAGUCCUGUCGACGUACCACCUUCUGCAGACAUAAAUGCGAACUCGCUCGAGCAACCGCAGCCGUUCUCCACUAAUGCGGAGGACCGAAAUGCGAGCUGGACCCUUAGCGUGCGCUAUGGCCACUCUGCCAUGGUCAGCGGGAUUACCUCCCUCGCCGCGACCCACGAACAGAUCGUCAUCGGCUGGACCGGCGACAUCGCCUCGUCUCCGCCCUUAAUGCCUCCUGCAUCGUAUGGUGCUCCAUCGACCUCUGGCGCAUCCGAGUCGUCGCUCUCUACGCCCGCGAAGAUACCCACGAAGGACAUCGGCCCGGAAGACAGGGUCGUGCUCGAGGAACAGCUCGCAAGAUACCGCUCACGAGACGAGGUCACAAUAGAAGGCGGGAAACCGACAACGUAUAUUCCUGUCUGGCUCGACGAUAAGGAGGCACACGGACACUAUGAAGGGUACUGCAAGCAAACCCUAUGGCCACUCUUCCACUAUCUUUUGUGGCAAGAUGUUGCAACAGAGUACGCAUCCGCAGACUUGUACUGGCCGGCGUAUGCCGCUGUGAAUGCUGCAUUUGCGAAGCGUGUUGCAGAAGUGUAUAGACCUGGCGUCGACGCAGAGCGGGUAGCGAAAGACACGUUACGACCUGGUAUUCAGCCUAAGCUGGAGGCACUGCGGGCAUUAUAUGAGGGCAAGAAGAUUAUUGUCGGGCGAGACAAGCUUGACGUUGUUAAGGGUGUUGUGCAGAAGCUGCGUGCGUUCGAAAAGCUUCUCCAGGACUACCCGCAAUGGAUUGGGCAUGUUGUACUCAUCCAGGUCACCUCCCCUGCGUUGUCAGACUCUCCGAAGCUCGAGCGGCAAGUGUCUGAACUUGUAGCGCACAUCAAUGGAGAAUAUGGUUCGCUUGACUUUAUCCCGGUGCAUCAUUACCACCAAACAAUCAAGAAGGAUGAAUUCUACGCACUUCUCUCUGUUGCAGAUCUCGGUGUAAUAACUCCUCUGCGCGAUGGUAUGAAUACUACUUCGAUGGAGUUUGUCCUCGCACAGGAGCGCACAAAGCAUAGUCCCCUCGUCCUGUCUGAGUUCAUGGGUAUUUCAAGCACCAUGCCUGAUGCAUUGCAAGUAAACCCAUGGAACCUUGGAGAAGUUGCAGACGCGAUGCAUCGCGGUCUAAUGAUGUCCGAGGAAGAUAGGUUGAGUCGCCACCAGAAGCUGUACAAGACUGUGACGACGCACACUUCACACACAUGGGCCGCAAUGCUCGCCAAUAUGCUCUUGGCACAAGUCGGACGACAGAACAUGGCGCGCCAGACACCUGCCAUGCCAAGAGACCGUCUCGAGAGCCAAUACCGCAGCUCGAAGAAGCGGCUAUUCCUUCUCGAUUAUGAUGGUACACUUGCGCCCAUCGUCCGUGUCCCGAGUGCUGCCGUGCCCUCCCUUGACACCUUGGAGGCACUCGAACGGCUGACGGCAGACCCAAAGAAUGUCGUGUUCAUCAUCUCCGGACGCGAUGGCGAGUUCUUGGAGCAACACCUAGGGCACAUCCAGAACCUCGGCAUGUCUGCGGAGCAUGGUGGGUUCGUGCGUGAGCCAGGUCACAAGGAGUGGUCGAACUUUACGGAGUCAUUGGACAUGGAUUGGAUGGGCGAGGUGCUUGAGAUAUUCCGCUAUUACACUGAGCGCACGACCGGAAGUCACAUUGAGGUCAAGAAGAGUUCUAUAACGUGGCAUUAUCGUUCGAGUGAUCCUGAGUGGGGUUUGUUCCAAUGUCAUCAGUGCCAAGACCUGCUCGAGAACAAUCUCGCCCGGAAGCGGCCAAUCGAGGUGCUCGUGGGGAAGAAAAACCUCGAAGUCCGCCCCUUGGCCGUGAAUAAGGGUGAGAUUGUCAAGCGGAUCUUGUACCACAACCCCGACGCCGAGUUCGUUUUCUGUGCGGGUGAUGACAAGACCGACGAAGACAUGUUCCGUGCGCUGCGGCUCUUCCCCGGCGACACCACCAAAGUGCGCCUGGACGCGCCGCUGUCUGUCACUCUCCUCGCGAAAGAGCCCACAACGACGUACGAGCCGGUGGACCUAAGGCUCACCCACGAGGGUGUCUUCACCACUGCCGUCGGCCAUAGCAGCAAGCGUACGCUUGCAUCCUGGCAUGUCACGAGCCCAGAAGAGGUCGUCGAACACUUGCUUAACCUCGGACGCAUAACAAACGAGUUGGCAAGCAGUCUAUAA